UACCAGACUCUUUCCAGCACUCUCACAUAUAACGUGAUCAAACAUGUUCACAUUUCUCUUCACUGUUACUGUCUUAGUGCUUUGUGUUGCAGGUCUUGUUGAGGGGAGUGAAGUCACUCAGACACCCACCAUACUCUGGGGACUGAAAGACAGUGAUGCUCAGAUGAACUGCAGUCACACUAAGGGAUCUGACUACAACCAGAUGUACUGGUACAGACAGCGUCCAGGAGAGGGAAUGAAGCAGGUAGUUUACACAAGUAGUUAUAGCAAACCAGACUAUGGAGCCUUCGGUGAAGACAAAUAUCCAACUGUUAAGACUACAGCUGAGAGUGGAUCUUUCACAGUGAAGAAGGUGGAGGCAGGAGACAGCGGCAUGUACUUCUGUGCUGUGAGUGAACACAGUGAUACAGACGACAAGCACAGCUGCAACAACCCCCAGAGCUUCCUCAUCAUCAUCGUCUUCCUCAGCAUCUUCAUCAUCAUAAUCUUCUCCUUCAUCAUCAUGUUCAGAGUUCUGAUUCACCUGGCAGCUCUACCACUCUGGGUGACAGGAGGCCUGGCUCGCCCUACCAUAUCUCCCCUAGGGGGCCUGGCUCACCCUACCGUACCUCCCCUAGGAGGCCUGGCUCACCCUACCGUACCUCCACUAGGAGGCCUGGCUCACCCUACCGUACCUCCCCUAGGAGGCCUGGCUCACCCACCGUACUUCCCUAGGAGGCCUGGCUCACCCUACCGUACCUUCCCCUAG